AUGGCGUCCAUGUUCGACCAGUACUCGAGCGACCUGAUACGGGAAAGCUCCACCGAUGUGAAUAUGUGUGUCGGGCCGAAAACGUCCGGUUAUGUGAGUGUACGGACACGAAAGGAGGUGCCGAUAUUCACCAAGCAGAAAAUGAACCUAAACCUACCGUCUGGCAUCCUGUACCUGUCCGUACAGAACGAUUGGCUGAUGAUGCUGAUGACCAAUCUGACUGUGCUGCGUAUGAACCUGAAGCAACCGGGCAAAUUUACAGAGGUACCGAUCGACAAGACGAUCGGUGGUUUACGCCCAUCCAGCAUCUACCUGGAUCCACUCGGCACGCAUCUUUUCCUAACCUUCCUACCCAAGUCAAGCGGUUUUACGCCAGAAUUGCUGUAUCUGCAGCGCAAUAGCUUCAAGCCGAAGUUCAUCACCAAGCUGAAAGAUCACGAGAUUACGGCAAUUGGUUUUAAUCACGUCAACACGUCCGAGACUAGUACCGGCCCGAUAUUGCUCGGUACGGCUCAUGGCGUUAUUUGGGAGGCGGAAGUUGGGUUCGAAAGUGGCGAUAAGCUCAUACAGAACAAUGUCCGGGUUGCUUUUGACGUUGGCAAAGGUGAACCGCGCCCAAUAACCGGGCUCGAGUUUUAUCUCAAGACGGAACAGAAGCAUCUGCACUGUAUCGUGCUGGUGUUGACGGUGGAUCGAUUGUACAAGUUCCACAACACGAUUCGAUCGUCCGGCAAUGGAACAAUGGCUUCGUCCACGAUGACCGCUGCCCAGGAACUCAAGCUGGGCGGUUACCUUCAGAAGGUAUUUAGCCCGUACCAAAACGUAGACGACCAGCUGCGGGAUUUCGAGGAACUAUCGGCGGGUGGUGGCAAAGGCCCAACAACCGGCAGCUGGCCGAAGCUGGUGUUCAACUACGAGGAAGACUUCCCAAAGAGUUUCGGCUGCCUGACCGAGCACGGUAUCAACUAUCAAGAAAUUGAUCCGGCCAUCAAUCAACCACAGUUUGUGGUGCAGAAGGAGCUGAUCACAUACCCGGAACCGCGCUUUGUACCGCCAGCAACCAACUCGCACAAAGUCACACCGCGUGGGAACUGUCCGCUCUCGUUCAUAUUGACAGAUUUCCAUGCGCUACUGCUAUAUGCCGACCACGUCAGUGCUAUCUCGCUGCUUGACUAUCAGGUCGUAUAUGAGGAGUACUUCGUCGAGCAGUACGGCCGAUUGAUUAACAUCGUCAAGGAUGUCCGCUCGAAUGUGACGUUCGUGUACAGCAACAAGCUUAUCUUUCGGUAUAAGAUUGUGAACGAGCAGCGUAACGCAUGGAGACUUUACGCAGACCGCCAAAAGUUCGAUCUCGCCUUACAAUACUGUAACAAAAAUCCUGCACACCGAGAUAUCGUGCUGGUGAAACAAGCCCAGUCGUACUUUUAUGCCAGCGACUACCUGCAAGCAGCUGCCAUCUUCUCCGAAACGCAGCUCAGCUUCGAGGAGGUAUGCCUGAAGUUCCUGCAGAAGAACUGCAACCAGGCGCUGCUGCUAUACCUUCGCAAUCGGCUCGGGCAGCUAAAACCGCACGAGAUGACCCAAAUCACAAUGCUGAUCGUGUGGAUCGUGCAGCUGUUUCUGGUGGAGCUGUCACACCAGCGGGUCGGCGGUGAGAAGGCUACACGUGAUCUGCAGAAGCAGUUCGAGGCGUUCAUGGCCAGCCGGCCUGUGAUGGCCUGCGUGCGUCGUAACCGUACCGCCAUCUACGAUCUGAUGGCAUCGUACGGCGAUACGCACAAUCUAACCGCCCUGACAACGAUCAACCAGGACUACGAGUCCGUCAUCCAGCAGUACAUCAAUCAGGGCCGGUAUGAGGAUGCCCUCGCGGUAUUGAGUGCCCAGAAUCGACCGGAACUCGUCUACCAGUACGCACCGAUCGCGAUGGAGAUGUUGCCGACUGCAACGGUCGGUAUGCUGAUCGGUCAAGGCCAUCGGCUCGAUCCGGUACGGCUGAUGCCGGCACUGCUCUGUCUCGAUACGGUGCAGCAUGCGCACGAAACGGUGCGCUACCUCGAGUACUGCAUCCAUUCGCGCGGCUGCGCCGAAUCGGCCCUGCACAACUAUCUCAUCCAGCUGUACGGGGUGCAUUUCCCGGACCAGUUGCUAACGUUCCUCGAGUCACAGGGUCGAGACACGACGAUGGUACACUACGAUCCGCACUAUGCGCUACGGAUUGCACUGCGCCACGAUAUCCGACCGGCGAGCGUCUUUCUGCACUGUCUGCUGGAGAUGUGGGUACCGGCGGUACGGCUCGCCCUGACGCUGGACGACCCUGAGGCGGCCCGGCAACUCGCCCGUCAAACGGCCGCUCAACCGACCUACCGGGCGCUACGCAAGCGACUCUGGCUGCUGAUUGCGGAACACGAGAUACGAGGCACGCGCGAUGAGGAGGUGCAGCGUGCGCUUGGCAUACUGCAGGAGUGUGAUCAGCUGCGCAUCGAGGAUCUGCUUCCGUACUUUUCCGACUUUCAGCGUAUCGAUCACUUCAAGGAGGCGAUCUGCCGUUCGCUGAAGGAGUACAACGUGAAGAUCCAGGAGCAGCGCCGCGAUAUGGAGGAGUCGGCCAAAUCGGCUAACCGGGUGCGCCAGGAGCUGCAAACAUUCCGCGGCCGGUCGGUCACGAUCAGUGCACAGGAGCAGUGUGCCGUCUGCAGCGUCUAUCUGUUGCUGAAACCGUUCUUUGUCUUUCACUGUGGACACAAAUUCCAUGCCGACUGUCUCGAGCGUCAGGUGGUGCCGUAUUUGUCCACUGCAACGGCGGAACGGUUAACGAUGCUAAAGCAAAACCUUGCCGCGACACAGCACCUAGCGGAGGGUGGUACGGCAGCAGCAGCGGGAGGCACGUCCACCACACAGGAUGCCGCAACCGUGCAGAACGGUUCGCAUAAGGAAAAGCUCAAGGGCGAAAUCGAAGCAAUCAUCUCGUCCGAGUGUCUGUACUGUGGCCAUCUGAUGAUCAAUGCGCUGGACAAACCGUUCAUAGAAAACUGGCAACAGGCAGACAGCGAAUGGGAAUAG